AUGAAAUUACUCAUUGCUUUCUCCCUCCUGAUUGUUCUCAUUGUAUUCCAGGAACAAAUUUCUUAUUUCUCCUUAAGUAUCCCUGGUUCUCCUGGCUACUAUCAAGAUGGGGAUUUUGUUAUUGGAGGACUCUUCUCCCUUAGAGUGACUGCUGCAGGCACUAGAAUUGUAUUUGACUUUAAUGAUACAAUGAAUAUACCGGAUAUUGUUUUUGCGGAUCUCACUAAACAUUAUCAGCACAUUUUGGCAAUGGUUUUUGCUAUAGAAAAGAUCAACAAGGACCCAAAUAUUUUAUUCAACACGUCCCUGGGAUUCUAUCUCUUCAAUGUUGACUUUACUGAGAGGAAGGCUGUGAAGAGUUCUAUGGCUUUGCUCUCAGGAGAGAGCCCCCCAAUUCCUAAUUACAGCUGCUGGCCUGAGAAGACUGACAAGCUGGUUGCAGUGAUAGGAGGCAUUUCAACAGCAAUAUCAACUCAGAUCUCCCAAGUUCUAAGUCUCUACAACGUCCCACAGAUCAGCUAUGGUCCUUUUGACCAGAGUCUUGGGACCAGAGUCCAGAUCCAGUCUCCUUACCAGUUUCCUGUGCACACUGCAGCUCUGCAUCGAGGAAUUGUUCGUCUGCUGCUAUACUUCACUUGGGUCUGGGUUGGCCUGGUGGUCUCAGAUGAUAUGACGGGAGAACUCUUCCUUAGGGAUAUAACAGAGGCGAUGACAGAUCAUGGAAUUUGUGUUGCAUUUGCAGAAAAGGGUCCAGUAUUUUCUUCUGUUGGUGCAGCAGACUGGCACCUUUUAAUGGAAAAAGUCACAAUGACUCGUGUUAUUGUUGCAUUUGGUGACACUCAUGAUUUUGUGAUGAUUGUCCCUCUCAUCAUUUGCUAUACUCCUUUUGGUAAUGUCUGGAUCACAAAUUCUGACUGGUAUAGCACUGCAUUACCCUUUAAACAAAAUCAAGUUUAUACACACUUUGGUGGAGGAUUAUCAUUUUUGGUUCACAUGGAUGAAAUUCUGGGAUUUAAGGAUUUUCUCAGAAGUGUUCAACCUAGAAAAUACCCUCAUAAUAUCUUUAUCCAGGAUGUGUGGUCCAUCUUAUUUGAAUGUCCACAUUCCUAUCAGCACGGAGUCAGGGAACUAAGUCAAUGUGAGCCAAAUGGCAGCCUGAACACACGACCUCUGCAUGCUUGGGAUAUGAAUACUUCACCCUCAAGUUACAAAGUCCAUGCUGCUGUGUAUGCCAUUGCCCAGGCACUCCAUGAGGAGCUGUCACUCAGAGUGGAAGGAGACUCAUUCGAUAAAAGUGUUCUCUGGACUCCUCUCCCAUGGAAGCUCCAUCCAUUCUUACAGAAAGGCCAGUUUGGGAGAAGCUCCAAUAAGGAUAACAUUGUGAACAAGGAGGUUUCGGCUACCAAAUUUGACAUUUUUAAUUACCAGUCUCUGCAGGGCGGUACCAAAGCUCAAGUGAAAGUUGGCGAGUUUGUCCUCAAAUCUCAUGGUGUUCAACAUCUUUCCCUAAAUGAAGAACUCAUAACGUGGGGUGAACACCACAAUCUGACUCCUUCUGCUGUUUGCAGUCAAAGUUGUCCACUUGGAUUUAGGAAAACACCUGUUGAAGGGAAACCAUUCUGUUGUUUUGAUUGUGUCCCAUGUCCAGAUGGAGAGAUUGCAGAUCAAAUAGGUAUGAAUCAAUGCAUCAAGUGUCCUGAAGAUCAAUAUCCAAAUAAGCAGAGGAAUCAGUGUCUCCCUAAAAUUACAACAUUUUUGUCCCAUGGAGAUACUCUGGGAGCAGUUUUGGUCUCUGUGGCCAUUAGCUUUGCUGCCUUUUCAGCCAUGAUUUUAGGAUUAUUUAUCCACUAUCGGGACACACCCAUUGUCAGAGCGAACAACAGAAAUCUCAGUUAUCUCCUCCUCGUUUCUCUAAUGUUCUGUUUCUUUUGCUCACUAAUAUUCAUUGGCCAACCUAGCGCAGUCACUUGUGUCUUGAGACAAAUGAUUUUUGGGGUUGUAUUUUCCAUUGCCGUUUCUGCUAUCUUGGCAAAGACCUUCAUUGUGGUUGUGGCCUUCAAAGCCACUAAGCCAGGAAGCAGCUUACAAAUGUGGAUGGUGACCCGACUCUCAAACGCUAUAGUCUGCUGUGGUUCCAUCAUUCAAGUGUGCAUCUGUGCAGUCUGGCUGGGAACCUAUCCCCCUUUCCCUGAUGUGGACAUGCAGUCAGAGUUUGGUCAAAUCAUCCUGUGGUGUAAUGAGGGGUCCACCAUUGCCUUCUAUUGUGUUCUGGGAUACUUAGGAUUUCUGGCCAGUCUGAGCUUGCUUAUUGCUUUUCUGGCAAGAAGGCUACCUGACAGCUUCAACGAGGCAAAAACAAUUACAUUCAGCAUGCUGGUUUUCUGCACUGUGUGGAUUUCUUUCGUACCCACUUACCUGAGCUCCAAAGGCAAAACCAUGGUGGCUGUGGAAAUUCUCUCAAUUCUGGCCUCCAGUGCUGGCUUGCUGGGGUGUAUAUUUCUUCCCAAAUGCUAUGUGAUCCUACUGAGGUCUGGUGGCCGCUCGAGAAAGAAGUUCUUUAAGUUACUUUCUCCUUAA